AUGGUUCAAGAAGGGCAUGUUCAGAAAGUGUCCAUUUUGGGCACAGAUUCAAUUCACGUUGGAUACAAAAUCCAAAACCACAUCUGUACUGAAAUUGUCACAAAUUUGAAAUCUUCUACUUACGUUAUCAUCACCGACACUAACUUAGUCAAGGCAGGCCAUUUAGACAGAUACAAGGAAGCCUUUUUGGAGACUAUUUCGAGAGUCAGACCAGAUGCAAGAUUGCUAACCUAUGUUAUUUCGCCUGGGGAAGCAAACAAGAAUAGAGUCACCAAAGCUGCUGUGGAAGACUACCUUCUUUCCGAAGGUUGUACCAGAGACACCAUUAUUGUUGCUAUGGGCGGUGGUAUUAUUGGUGACAUGAUUGGUUACGUUGCUGCCACUUUUAUGAGAGGUGUAAAAUUUGUCCAAAUUCCAACCACUUUAUUAGCUAUGGUUGAUUCUUCAAUUGGUGGUAAAACUGCCAUUGAUACUCCAUUAGGUAAGAACUUUAUAGGUGCAUUUUGGCAACCCCAAUAUGUCAUGGUUGAUAUUGCAUUCUUGCAAACGUUGCCUGUCCGGGAAUUUAUCAAUGGUAUGGCGGAGGUCAUUAAGACUGCUGCCAUCUGGAAUGAAACAGAAUUUGACAGAUUAGAAUCCUACACCGAAUUAUUUCUACAGACCAUUAAUACUAGAAAUUCCGAAGGCAAGGUUGAUCUCACCCCCAUUUUAGAUCAUGUUUUCAAACUCGUUCUUGAGUCAAUCAAGGUUAAGGCUGAGGUCGUCACUUUGGACGAAAGAGAAGGCGGCUUAAGAAACCUUUUAAAUUUUGGCCAUUCCAUUGGCCAUGCUUACGAAGCAAUCUUGACUCCGCAAGCGCUACACGGGGAAUGUGUUGCCAUUGGAUCCAUCAAGGAAGCCGAGCUGAGUAGAUACCUGGGCAUCCUACCACCGGUGGCAGUUUCAAGAUUGAGAAAAUGUUUUGAAGGCUAUGGUUUGCCUGUGAGUAUUCAUGAUAAGGUUUUGAGAAAAAGAACAAAUAACAAGGUAUGUCCAGUUGAUGUUCUAUUGAAGAAAAUGGCCAUUGAUAAGAAGAACGAUGGUUCUAAAAAGAAGGUCGUUUUAUUGAAAAAAAUUGGUGAAUGCUACGAACCAAGUGCUUCUUACGUUAACGAUGAAGACUUGAGAGUUAUCUUGACCGAAGAAAUUCAAGUUUAUCCAUUUGAGCUUGACUCAAAGAAGAACGUCAUUGUUACUCCCCCAGGUUCAAAAUCCAUCUCCAACAGAGCACUAAUUCUAGCUGCCUUGGGUAAGGGACAAUGUAAGUUAAAAAACUUACUUCACUCAGAUGAUACUCAGCACAUGCUUUCUGCUGUUUCAGCGAUGAAAGGUGCUGAAAUCACAUGGGAAGAUAAUGGGGAAACCGUAGUUUUGAAUGGUAACGGUGGUAAGCUGGUUACUACUGAAGAAACAAUUUACCUUGGUAAUGCAGGUACCGCUUCCAGGUUUUUGACCACUAUUGCUUGUCUGGUUGGUGUUAAUGGUGAUUUAAACACCAUUAAAUUAACUGGUAACAGUAGAAUGCAAGAGAGACCAAAUGGUCCUUUGAUUGAUGCUUUGAGAGCAAAUGGUGCAGAGAUUGAGUGUUUAAACAAAGAAGGCUCAUUGCCAAUUGUGGUUAAGUGUGGUAAGGGUUUGAAAGGAGGUAGAAUUGAAUUGGCUGCAACAGUUUCCUCACAAUACGUUUCUUCAAUCUUGCUUGCUGCUCCGUAUGCACAAAACCCAGUUACCUUGUCGUUAGUUGGCGGCAAGCCAAUUUCUCAACUUUACAUUGAUAUGACUAUUAGAAUGAUGUCUGCUUUUGGUAUCGAAGUUAAAAAAUCAGCAACAGAAGAGUAUACAUACGAAAUCCCUCUAGGUCAUUAUGUGAACCCUCCUGAAUACGUCAUCGAAUCCGACGCUUCUUCGGCAACAUACCCAUUAGCAUAUGCUGCAAUGACCGGCACAAAAUGUACCAUUCCAAACAUCGGCUCAUCCUCGUUACAAGGUGAUGCCAGAUUUGCUGUUGAGGUCUUAAAACCAAUGGGCUGUACAGUCACUCAGACUGAAACUAGUACCACCGUCCAAGGACCAGCUUUAGGUACAUUGAAGUCUUUGAAGCAUGUCGACAUGGAACCUAUGACUGAUGCCUUCCUAACUGCAACAGUAGUUGCAGCGAUUGCAAAUGAUCCAGGCAAUGCAACAACUAUUACUGGAAUUGCUAACCAAAGAGUCAAAGAGUGCAAUCGUAUUGCAGCUAUGAGAAUUGAGUUGGCGAAAUUUGGUGUAAUAGCUUCCGAAUUGGAUGAUGGUAUUGUUAUUCACGGUAUUGACUACAAAGACUUGAAAGCGCCAGAAGAGCCAGGCGUUCAUUCUUAUGACGACCAUAGAGUUGCGAUGAGUUUCUCGCUAUUAGCUGGUAUGGUCCAGAAUGGUCCCGUUAUUAUCCAAGAAAGAUACUGUACUUCCAAGACAUGGCCUGGUUGGUGGGAUAUUUUACACACAAAAUUAGGAGUUAGACUUGAUGGCUAUGAGCCAAAGGAUUUUGCAGAAUCAGACUCUAAAGGUAAAUUACCUCCGAAGAAUGGUAAUAAAUCUAUUAUCUUGGUGGGAAUGAGGGCUGCUGGUAAGAGUACUAUGUCCCAGGUUAUAUCAUCCACGACUGGUUUCGAUAUUCUUGAUAUCGAUCACUACUUUGAAAAGAAAAUCGGCAAGACAAUAAAAGAAUUUGUUGAAGCAAAUUCAUGGGAUGAGUUUAGAAAGCAAGAACUCGAAACAUUCAAGGAAGUUUUAGAGAAACAUUCACGUAAUACCAUUAUUUCAACGGGCGGUGGCAUUGUCGAAAUUCCCGAAGCAAGAGAAAUACUCAUCAAGUAUAAGAAAGAUGGCAUUGUCUUACAUCUGCACAGAGAUGUUCAACAAAUGGUGGAGUUCUUGAAUGAAAAAGACACGGAAAGACCAGCAUAUACAGAAGAAAUAUCUUCUGUAUGGAAGAGAAGAAAACCUUGGUAUGAGGCUGUUUCGAACUACUUUUUUUACCUGCCACAUUGUAACAAUAAUGAUGAGCUGUCUCAUUUAAAGAAGACGAUGGGAUUAUUUAUUGAUGAAAUCAUUGGUGAUCCUGCACCUGUUCCAAACUCCAGAUCCUAUUUUGUUUGUUUGACUUAUCCCGAUUUGAAGGAAGGAAACGCACUAGAGAAUCUCUCCAAAAUUACUUCAGGAGCUGAUGCGGUUGAACUACGUGUUGAUUUACUAAAGAGUUAUAAUCAUGAUUUUGUUGCUGAACAAAUUGCUUUACUUAGAAACCAUACUGAGAUUCCGAUCAUCUUCACCCUUAGAACAGUUUCUCAGGGUGGAAAAUUCCCCGACAGUGAGUAUGAGAGAAUAUCCGAGUUAACCGAGUUAGCAUUCAAAAUGGGUGUUGCUUAUGUUGAUAUGGAAUUAUCUUUGCCAGAAAGUUUAUUCUCAACAUUAGUUGCCAACAAGAGAUUUACAAGGAUAAUUGGCUCACAUCAUGAUUUCUCUGGUGAAUUCAAGUGGGACAAUUCCGAAUGGGAGAAUAAGUAUAAUUUUGCUGUUAAUUCAAACGUCGACAUUAUCAAAUUUGUCGGUACAGCCCUUGAAUUCACUGACAACUUUGCCUUAGAGGCGUUUAGAAAAACGCAUACAGCUAAACCAUUGAUUGCGAUCAAUAUGCGCAGAUUAGGCCAGUUGUCUAGAAUUGUUAAUCCAUUAUUAACUCCAGUUACUCACCCAUUAUUGCCAAACUCAGCUGCGCCAGGCCAGUUAUCAAUCAAACAAAUCAACCAAUCAUUAUAUAUUAUUGGUGGAUUAAGUCCAAAGAAGUUUGCCGUAGUGGGUUCUCCAGUUUCCCAUUCGAGAUCUCCUGCUUUGCAUACCAAAGGUUAUGAACUUUUCGGAUUACCUUACGAAUUUUCAAAAUUUGAAACUGACGAUGCGAAUAAAGUUUACAACGAGCUGGUCAAGGAUCCAGAAUUUGGCGGUUGUGCUAUUACGAUACCUUUGAAAAUGGAUAUGCUAAAAUAUGCUACUGAGUUAAGUGAUUCAGCAAGAAUUAUUGGUGCAAUCAACACCUUUUACCCAUUGGGUGAUGGUAAAUACUACGGUACCAACACUGAUUGGAUUGGAAUCACUGAGUCUUUCAAAAAUAACGGGGUUUAUGGUAGCGCUAUGAAGGGAUUGAUUAUUGGUGGUGGCGGUACCUCAAGAGCCGCUGUGUACGCAUUCAAACAGAUGGGCUGCAAGAAGAUCUACAUGCUCAACAGAACUGUUUCUAAGUUACAAGAGAUCAAGGAUUCGUUCCCAUCUGAUUAUAAUAUUGAGAUUUUAGAUAGCUCAUCUGUUCCAAACAUCGAGAAUAUUGAUUUAGUUGUCUCUACAGUCCCUGCAAAUGUGGACUUGGAUCCAGAAUUCACUUCCAACAUCAAACAUGUUUUAUCUAAGGGUAGUGGUCCUAAGGCUUUUAUUGAAGCGGCAUACAAACCAUUGGUUACUCCCUUAAUGACCAUUGCUAAUGAGGAGUUCAUGUGGAACGUUAUCCCUGGUAGAGAAAUGUUGGUUAAUCAAGGUAUCGCUCAAUUUCAAGAGUUCUGCGGUAUUAAACCGCCUUAUGAUGAGGUUUUCGAGGCAGUCACUUCUGAGUAG